CAGUCCAGGGUCAGGUCUUGCACUCUUGUGGCCGGGCCUCAGUGCUCUACAUCUGCUGCCGUCGGCCCGGUUCCGGCACGACAGAGCCAGCCAUGGAGCAAGCGACCCCUCCAGCCGCCGGCGUCACGGCCACCGUCGAUCUCUCCCCGGCGGCCGCCGACCUCGGCGGGGUGCACCUCCUGCCCUGUGGCAUCAGGCUUAACGGCGGCGCCCCUGUCUCCGACUACUUCAAGCCCAGGAGCACAGGUGUGGAGGUGGAGGGGGUGAGGAUGGAGGAGGCGUUCUUCCGCGGGAGGAAGCUGCAGGGCGCCACCCUCGCGCUUCCGGAUGGCUACCGAGGUUAUGUAUUGGAGAAGAAGAGUGGAGAAAAGGAUACACAUAAUUUAGAUGAUGAGGUUAGCAAUUUUGUAUCCCGUGCAGAAUUCCAGAACAUAACCUACUGGAAUCAUGAUACCGCGCCAUCGGCAGAGGAUUCCCUCCCAAGGUGCUUUCAUUGGCUGACCAUUGCUAAUGCUAUGCACAAACCGGUGACUGCUGAAGAGUUGGCUAACAUGUCAGCCAUUCAGAAUCAGGAGAACUGACCAAGAUUCAUUACAUGGUGAUUCUGUAUUUUCGGUAUGAUGUGACUUUUGCGUCGGGAAAAAAAAUCUGCAAUUCAAUCUCUAAAAGUUGGCGAAGCAUCCUGACAAGCUAUCUACCAGUCUAACAAUCAUUCUACUAUUUCGAUGCAUCCAAUUAGGCAAUAAGAGAUGUCUCGGUUACAGUAGACAAUAGCUGGGAGCCUGUGACGAUGAGGUACUCUUCUUCAGAAGACCAGCCCUAGGUGGCACUGAAAACGGUUCAGUAAUUUAGCUUGGACCUGGAACUACUGUGUUGUUCUUGUAAGACAGUUCCUGUUUUAAUUAUCUGUAAUGUUGUGACAGUGUGCCAGUGUUGUUAUGCCAAUGUAUUUAUCUCGCCUGAAUAUGAUUGAAGAAAAAAGAUUUCAAAGAA